AUGUUGAAACUUGUGCUGUCAUUAGGCCUGGUGGCCUUGGUGUCUUGCACCCAACUCGAUGCUGAAUGGUCCAGGUUCAAAACCACUUACAGGAAGGUGUAUCAAAACGCCAGGGAGGAGCUCAUGAGACGCCAAAUCUGGGAAACCAAUAUGUUCUUUAUCAAAGCGCACAACGACGCUUACGAGAGAGGGGACUUCAGCUACUUCCUCGGGGAAAACGAGUACGCUGAUAUGAGCAAUGAAGAGUUCGUCAGGACGAUGAACGGCUACAGGUUCGCCGAGAGGACAACCUACAGCAACCUGGUGCACGUGGCAGGCAACCUGCAGGACCUGCCUGCCGAGGUGGACUGGAGGACCAAGGGUUACGUCACGGACGUCAAGAACCAGGGCCAGUGCGGCUCAUGCUGGGCCUUCUCCACCACCGGCUCCCUGGAGGGCCAGCACUUCAAGAAAACCGGGAACCUGACGUCACUGUCGGAGCAGAACCUGGUCGACUGCUCCCAGAAGCAAGGUAACCAGGGCUGCAAUGGCGGCUGGAUGGACCAGGCCUUCACCUACAUCAAGGUCAACAAUGGCAUCGACACAGAGACCUCAUACCCAUAUGAAGCCAUUGACGACACCUGCCGGUUCCAGUCUGCCAACGUCGGUGCCACAGACAGCGGGUUCGUUGACGUCAAGUCCAAGGACGAGGGCGCCCUGCAAGACGCCGUGGCCAACGUGGGCCCCAUCUCAGUCGCCAUAGACGCCAGCCACGAGAGCUUCCAGCUGUACAAAGGUGGGGUGUACCACAGCUACCUGUGUAGCGAGACAGCCCUUGAUCAUGGUGUGUUGGCUGUAGGCUACGGCAGCGAUAAGGGCAAAGACUACUGGCUAGUGAAGAACAGUUGGGGCACAUCAUGGGGUGACAAAGGUUACAUCAUGAUGUCCAGGAACAGGAAAAACAACUGCGGCAUCGCUACCUCAGCAAGUUAUCCUACAGUCUAGGGGAGAGAACUCAAUUAAAUAGGCAUGACCAAAUAGAUUAUUCCACACAUUAUAAGGGAAAUAACUCAAUAAUUUCACUAUGAAAAUGAAACCAGAUAUCUAUGUAGUAGAAGAUAUAAAUACUAUAAUAAAAUGUGAUUAUUAAAACAAA